GUUCCCGCGCGAUGGAGCUUUCAGCAGAGCAGCAGCGGUUGGUGAUGGACAUGAUCAACCGCCAGGUGGAGGAGAGAGCCGCCGCGGACAGGCAGGCGGCGACGGCCAUGAUCGAACAGGAACGUGCCAGGUUCAACGAGCAGCUGCAGGCAUCGACCCAGCAGAACAACCAGAUGGCCGAGCAGCUCCGUGCCCUGGAGCAGGCGCGGCAGCAACAGCAAGCGGCGUUCCAGGCAUUGCAGGCGCAGCAGCAGCCACAGCAGCAAGGACCGGGACGCCAGGCCGACUUCCCCAACUCUGCAGACGACAAGCUUGUGGACAUCAAGUUCGGUAAGCUUGGCCAGUUCACGAACAAGGAUGAGGAUUUCGAGGAGUGGAGUUUCAAGCUGACGUCGGGCAUCAGCUCGCUCAGCGAGGAGGCGUGCCAUCUGAUGGAUUCCAUCGAGGACGACCCAGAGACCGACGUGACCAACGAUCCAGACAUUGCCCGGUACGGCUUGGAGACGUUGUCAAAGAAAUUAUACUUCGCGUUGGUGAUGCUCGCGAAGGCGACUGCAGCUAAGAUCGUCAAGAAGGUCUCGUCCAAGAACGGUUUCGAGGCCUACCUGCAACUCGUGAAACGGUGCGGCCCCCGUGGUGGAGGCAAGACCGUGGCGCUGAUGGGCCAGAUCCUGGACUACACGUUCGGUGAGCCUAAGGACUUCCUCGACAACUGGGUUUCGUGGGAGGCGCUGAUAGACCAGUGGGAGACGGAAGCAGAGGAAAAGCUUGCGGACAGCGUUAAGUGCUCUACGCUCAUCCUGAAGUCCCCGAAGAUCUUGAAGGACCAUCUUUUGCUUACCACCAAGAAGGAAAAGGAUUACGGCAAGCUCCGAGCGAAGGUCGAGGACUACAUGCACAACGUGGUCAACGCCAAACCAAAGAAGAAGGGCGAGGACCAAGAUGCCAUGGACGUCGGCUACACCUACGGCAAAGACCCCAAAGGCGGUAAGUACCAAGGUGGCAAAGGCAAAGGAAAAGACGGUAAGUCGAAAUCGUCCGACGGCAAAGGCAAGGACGGCAAGUCGAAGUCGACGGGCAGUAAGGGUAAGGAUGGCAAGUCGAAGGCUUCUGGAGGUAAAGGCAAGGGGACAUCGUGGUACGACUCGUCCUGGCAGAGGGGCAGUACGUGGUCAUGGAAGGAUCGGAGCGGCUGGAACGAUCGCUCCGUCAACAACACUUGGACUUCCUCGAGCGGCUCCUGGCAGGAGUCGCAGCCGGCCGAUGCGGGUAACAGGAAGACGACCAACAAGGACGGCACUGUUACCCACAUCUACGAGGACGAGGACGAGUGGAUCAUGGGCGUCGAAGAGAUCUCGGGCGAGGAUUUCGUGCUUUCCACUGCGGCCACGAAGAGCGAGGUCCGCAAGUACGACUACGGCAACAUCGGGGAUGCAGUUGAUGUGCUUUCUGAUUCAGGCAGCAGCGCGACUUGCUGCAACCCGCGAGACUUCCCCAAGUCUCCGAUCAUCCAAGGCGAAGAGAAAAUCUACAGAAUUUCGAAGGGCACCGUCCUCAAGUUCUACGGCUACAAGGAUGUGGUGCUGCGUAAGGACAGCACCAACAUCAAGGUUAAGUUCACAGUUCUCGACGUCGUGAGGCCGAUCCUCAGCGUCUCCGACUCGGCUAAGAAGCACGACAUCUCCACGCAUUACGAGCAGGGCAACAACUACAUGGAGAGAAGGACAUCUACUGGUGUUCGAAGGCUUGGGCUGAUGGCGCGAGCAGGCCUCUUCUUCCUGCAGGCCAUGGUCACAGCUGGCAGCAGCGUGCGUUUUGGGAAGUCCCCAGUGCACCACGUCUACAACAACGAGAGCGCCACGGAGCUCGACUUGGGCCCCGAGUCAGCCGAGGUGCAGGUGCCGCGCCCCGCGGAAGCGGCGCCGGUGGUUCCAGCUCCGGCAGAACCGACCCAGCAGGAGCGGGAUCAUCACAUAGCCCUGAACCACGCGCAGUUCAAGUCCUGGUGCAAGUUCUGCGUUUCUGGGCGCGGGCGAGAGAACGCCCAUCACAAGGCAGAUGAGAUCGACCAUAACAUUGCGAGAGUUCAGGUCGACUACUUCUUCAUGCGUCGGGUGAAGGCGGGGCAGAUGCUGACGUGUCUGUCCGCAGUGGACUCAGUGUAUCGGCGGAGGCGAGCCGCUGUCUUGGACGCGAAGGGCAGCACCGACAAGUACGCGGUGCGCAUUCUGAAGUAUUUCGGGGACCAGCUCGGUUACGAGAAGAUCAUUUGGAGGACCGAUCCAGAAAAUUCGGCUGCCGACCUGAUCAGGGCGGCCUGCCACGGUCGUGACGGGUGGACGUGCGAGUCUAGCCCCAAGGAGAGCAAGGGCAGCCUCGGCCUUGUCGAGCGCACCCACCAGGACGUCGAAGGUCUGACGAGGACCAUACUUCUGGACGUCGAGAGCAGGUACGGAGUUGAGCUACCGGCCGAGUUCCCUCUCAUCGAGUGGCUUGUUCGGCAUACUGCAUGGCUCAUGGACAGGUUCUGGAUCGCCCCUGGCGCUGGAGUCGCGCCGUUCGAGCUCCAGUAUGAAAGACAAUAUCACAGGCCAAUGGUUCCAUUCGCAGAGACAGUCAUGUGGAAGGAGCCUGGGCCUCACACGCUCAAGUUGCGCGAGAAGUUCGGCCAGGGCAUUUGGGUUGGCAGGGGCGAGGCCACCAACUGCCAUCUGAUUCUCACGAGGCAGGGGGCCUUCGAGGAGCCAGGCCACUACCCGUUGCAGAGGUUCUGGGCCAGCCAGCAGCUCCACCAGCACCCGCAGCACCGGGUCCAGCUCAGCCAGGUCAACGUGGGCAAGCAGUACGAGUUCACCCCUGGCUGCUCGGGAUGUCUCGGCGCAUCUUACAAGCAUAGCAAGUUCUGCAAGGAGAGGAACAAGGAGUUCUUCGAGCACAUGGAGAUCGAUUAG